CCUAACUUCAGUUAGGGAGGGAGGGUCCUCACUGAUGGGUGGAUCCGGCAGCGGGAUCUCGACACUACCCGCAUCCAAGUUAACUGUUGGUGGGUCAACCUGGUACAGCAGCUCAAAAUACACAGAACGAACAAGAUCCGAAUCUGGUCUCAAGAGGAGGGUCAAGCUCGGUGAGACUUCGUUCGAGUUCAACGUAUUACUUAAAAUGGCAUCGCACUCCCUACUGGCGGUCUGGUGUGGAUGGCAGCAGUAGCCGUGGCCAGUGGCACUCCUCAUUUCUUGGAGCCUUCCUUCGUCGGCCACGUCAGCAGUGCCACAACUGCCUUCACAAACGCAUCGGCAUCGCGUUCCCAAGUUCAGGCGAAGAGCGAAGAGCAUGCCUUGGAACCGGCGCCGGGGGUGGCCGACGUGUCCUUGUGGCCAGGGAUGGAGGGCAACGUUGUCAAACGCUCUGCCUACUCCGGCUACGGCUGCCCCCCGCGUGGAACUGUCACGCUCACGAUGUUCUUGACUACGACGGUGGAAGUCUUUCUAGAAAGACCUACCGUAAUCUCAGGACCUUGUCACUGUGAAAUCUGCUCCUACUCACCCUCAAACAACCCAUGUACUUGUCUGCGUGUGUCUGGUUGUGGCGUGGAGAUCCUGUAGUAGAUGAAAA